GGAACAUCACUCGGCCUUUUCCGUCAAGUCGAGAAAAAACCUCGGAUGUAAUACGUAUCCAUGUUGGACUACUUUCGGUCACGUGACAAUUAAAAUGGCGGCGCCCAUAUGCACGUUUUGUGGCCGAAUUCAAAGAAAUCUUCAGAGGGUAACCGGCACAAAACGUGCAUACGAAAAAGAUAUUGAGAAAAUUUUAACUGACGCUUUAUGUCUUCAAAUCAGUUUCACGUUUGCGUGUAAGAUAUGUGUCCCAUGCCUUACGUUAUGUGAAAAAUUCUGUGAGUUUAAAAAGAAAGGUCAAAGGCAAUACAGAGUUGUUAAACAGUUUGGCAAUUUCACCGGCUCUUAUGUCUCCUUCAACACCUAAGGGACCUACUCCAAAACGUCGUCGGAUUAACACGCCCUUAAAGAGUAUAGCUGAGGUCAAGCCUACUGAAAAAAAAGUUUCAUCAAGGAGAAGUAUUGACUUUGCUCAUGAUCAUGGCUAUAGCCUUCAAACUGAGGUAGAAUCUGUUGGAGAGACAUUAGAUAAGAAAAUCCACAGCAAUUCAACUCCAAGAAAAUCUGUUGCUGAGAAAAUACACAGCAAUUUAACUCCAAGGAAAUCUGUUGCUGAGUGGCUAAAGGAAACUUGUAAUCCUGGCUAUAGCCUUCAAAAUGAGG